AUGAGUCGAGUAUCCGCUAUUAGCCAGAUGUAUCCCCCCACCCCUGGGUGGACGGAAAAGGACAUAUCAGAUCUGAGCGACAAGGUCUAUAUCGUAACGGGCUCCAAUGCCGGUGUUGGCAAGGAAGUUGCCAAGAUAUUGUAUUCCAAGAAUGCGACGGUGUAUGCAGCUGCGCGUAAUGAGGAGAAGAAUCUAGCAGCCAUCAAUGCAACCAAGGAAGCUUUUCCGUCAUCAACAGGCAGGUUGGAGCAUCUGCAUCUCGACCUCGGUGACUUGAAUACCAUCAAGAAAUCUGCUGAGACUUUUCUUUCGAAAGAGAAAAAGCUCCAUGUGUUGUUCAACAAUGCGGGUGUCAUGUUGCCACCGCAAGGUAGCAAGACUGCGCAGGGGUAUGAGCUCCAGCUUGGUACCAAUUGCGUUGGGCCAUUCCUGUUCACGAAACUCCUUACGCCACUGCUCAUAGAAACCGCAAAGACAGCACCGAAGGACUCAGUUCGUGUAGUAUGGGUUUCCUCCUCAGCGGCUGAGGCUUUGAGCCCCAAGAACGGCCUUGACGUGGACAAUCUGGACUACAGCAAGGAUGAUGGAGUCUAUAUGAAUAAGCUAGGUGGAAAGUAUGGCGUCAGCAAAGCAGGCAACUACUAUCAUGCCACCGAAUAUGCGAGGAGGCACCGCGAGGAUGGCGUCAUCAGCAUUGCGCUCAAUCCAGGCAAUUUAGCAUCUGAUCUCGACCGCCACAUAUAUCUCGUGCAGAAGCUAUUGCUGAAGUGGCUGAUAACCUACCCACCAAUUCACGGUGCCUACACAGAGCUCUUUGCCGGAAUUUCUGAUCAAUUGACUCUGGAAAAGUCUGGAGGCUGGAUCGUCCCUUGGGGCCGAUUUAGUGAGAUGCGCGCCGACCUCGUUUCGGGUUCAAAAUUGGAGUCCGAGGGUGGAAGCGGCAUCGCGCAAAAAUUUUGGGAGUGGUCUGAAGACCAAGUUAGAGCUUAUGUGCAGGCCUCUUUCGACACGAGAAUAUUACCGCCUCAAGGCAACUUCAGCUAUUAUGCAGCAAACCACCUUGGCGAAUACGCUGACCCGCAACUAAAACACUUCUGGCCGGGGACUAUCCCGGAUCCGGAUGUCUAUGAACCACCGUUCCCGACAUAUUUUGGUGAUUUUCGGACUGAGCCGAUCUUUUCGAUAGCGUUCUCCGCAUUGGUUAAUCCAGGUGCAGACACUACCUUUGUGGGGAAGAACGCCAACGAUGGUACCAACGAUAAGACCGCAGCAUUGCCCGAGUCAUCUUACGUGUAUCCCAGUGAUGAAUGA